AUGGAUAACAAGAACCCGAAAACAGUUUUACUAAUUAGUGGCAAAAGAAAGUCAGGGAAAGACUUUUGCGUCGACUUAUUGUCAAAAUAUUUGUCCGAUUUUGUGGUCUUUCGUAUCGCAGCGCCCAUUAAGAGACAGUUCGCCAAAGACCACGGCCUCGACUUCGACCGACUUCUGGACGCCACUCAUUAUAAGGAGGACUACAGACAGCAAAUGGUCGUUUGGUCCGAACGGAUCCGCGCCUCUGAUCCCAACUAUUUUCUUCGGCUCACAAUAGAGGAGUCGAACGCAAAGUGCAAAUCAAUAUGGAUUCUGUCCGAUACCAGACGUCUCUGCGAUGUCCAGUACUUUAAGGCGAACCAAGAGUUUAAGGACAGCCGAGUGUUGGCCAUAAGGAUCAGCGCAUCGGUCGAGACGAGGGUUAAGAGGGGCUGGAGUUUCACCGCCGGCAUCGACGACAAGGAGACCGAAUGUGGACUCGACUCGUAUACCGAUUGGGAUUAUGUCAUCGACAACGACGGCUCCGAAGAUGAUCUCAUGAAUGAAUUGAAACCAAUCAUACAACUCAUUAACAGCUAA